AUGAGUGCUCAAAAUAGAGGUUCUUUAGUUGUCAUUGAAGGGUUGGACCGGUCAGGAAAGUCAACUCAAUGUCAAAUAUUAAUGGAAAAAUUGCAAUCCAAGGGCAAAAAGGUCCAACUCUAUAAGUUUCCAGAUCGAACCACCGCCAUUGGAAAAAAAAUUGACGCAUAUUUAAAAGAAACUAGUCAGCUUAGUGACCAAGUCAUUCACUUACUUUUCUCAGCGAACCGAUGGGAACUUAUUGAAGAUAUCCAAUCAAAAAUUCAAUCGGGUGUAACAUGUAUCUUGGACCGUUAUGCCUUUUCUGGGAUUGCCUUCUCUGCCGCUAAAGGACUCAAUUGGGAAUGGUGCAAGAGUCCUGAUCGCGGUUUACUACGUCCAGAUCUUGUAAUUUUCCUGCAUAUUUCUCCCGAGGUUGCUGCGAAACGCGGUCAGUACGGAGAGGAGCGUUACGAGAACAUUGAAAUGCAAAAAAAGGUUGAGAAAAAUUUUGAGCGCAUUGAACGAGAAUAUACAGAAGAGAGUUUGAGUUUUAUCACCUUGGACGCCUCAACCAGCCUGGAAACUGUUCAUUCUCGAAUCAUGAACCUAGUAGAUCAAGUAGAUGUAUCCAAAGCUUUAGAAACGCUUUAA